GACAAAGCACCUGUUCAUAGACAACUAUACAUAAAAUAUAUAACUUACAUAGCGUUAUAUAUGUCUACGGUUCAGUGGAAGAGUUGGCUAGGUUUUGAGAAAAACAAAAGACAGACAAAGACAACGACAGGAAGCUGAAGAGGAUUUAUUACGAGUUUACUAACUGAAACUAACAUUAAUGGGCUAACGAGGACUGUAGUGACAUUAUGUUUAGGAAGAAGUCUGCCUGGUUUUCAAGCAGCGUGCCUCAGGCAUGUCACAACUUUUGGAUAUUGGAGGGUGGGUCCAUUACUGGUUGGAGAACAGCAGAUUACCUUUUCAGUGAGGAUGCUUCAUGUCCUGAUACUCUGAGGAUAUUUGAGAGCAGAGAUUACCUUUGGAACAAGGUGGUGGUUUUUCACAGCUUGUUUCUGUCCGCCUGUGAGAAGCGCCAGAGUGUAAAGUCUGUGUGCAUUGGUCAUUAUGUGCUACCUCCAGCCUCAGUACAGGAUGAGGUGAGGAAUGUGGUUGGGAGGUUGAUUUGGGAGUGUGACGAUGAGCAGUCAGUAGCACAGGGUUCCUAUAAGAGUUUCAGUUGCCAGACAGAAGAUGAGCACAGUGAAAAAGGAGUCAGCGUUAGCAAUUCUGAACCACCUGACACAGACUCAUCAGAAAGUGACGCCUCUCUGUGUGGUCAUUUGCAGGAUUAUCCAGUUAGUAACAUGUUUACAGGGUACACCAACAUGGACAACCUGCAGAAGUACUCUGGUGAUUUGUGUGAUUUCCAUCCCGUGUGUUUCCGAUGCACCAAGUGUAAAGCCCAUUGCUGUUUGCCACACACAUAAGCAAACAUGCAUGAAGAGAAAAACACGUUCAUUUUACUGGCAGAUGAGUUGUUUGUUUUUUAAAUGUUGACAUUAUCU